GUCUUUUAAACCUACAUGUAAAAUUAAAAAUGCAAAAUGGCCUCUUUUGUCAAUCGUGAAAAGCAGGUGAAAAGCUAGAUUAAAGAGAAAAAGAACCAUCAUGAGGAUGCUAAUGCUCACACUGGCCACUACAGUGGUCACAGCUGGUGUAAUCAUGAACGUGUAUUCAAAGAAGAAGCAGUUCUAUCCAUCAGUCACUUACCUCUUCAAAUCAUCUCGCUGCAUGAGUGUUCUCUACAUUCAGGCUUUUCUCAUUGUGUGGCAGUUGGUCAAAUUUUUUAAAUUUCUGUUCUUUGGUACGUUAAGAGCCAUAGAAGUUGAGCACCUCAUCGAACGCUCCUGGUUUGCAGUUUUGGAUACUUUUAUACUACUAGCUGCGUUUCAUGAAGAACUGAGUCCAACAUUUGUUAGUUUGAUAGUGCUGGUAUUCAUAAUGAAGAGCUUCCAUUGCCUUGCAUCUGAUCGUGUGGAUCACAUGGAACAGAGUCCAAUAAUAACUUGGAAGUUUCAUAUAAGAAUUGUUGUCCUAUUAUUAUUAUUAGGUAUUAUUGAUGCACUAUUCAUUAAGGAGGCAUGGCAAGUCGUCAAAUUGAGAAAGCGAUCGGUAGCUAUUGUAUUUGGAUUAGAGUAUGCUAUAAUGCUUACGGAGGCAGUGAAGGUUUUCAUGAAGUACGUGUUACACAGUAUUGACUUGAGGAGUGAGAAUCCAUGGGAGAAUAAACCAAUUUAUAUAAGAUACUUUGAUAUAGUGCUAGGUGUUAUUGAGUUACUAUUGUAUGCUGGUUAUAUGGUCUUUAUGUUACUGUUACCAUCCAUUCCAUUGCAUAUUGCCAGGAGGAUAUAUAGAGCAGCUAGAGAUUUUCAUAAAAACGUUUACGACGUCAUUACAUCUCAUCAAGCUAUUCGGAACCUCAACACGCUGUAUCCUGAUGUACCACAGGAUGAGUUGUUAGCUGCUAAUAAUGUCUGUAUUAUCUGUCGGGAAGAGAUGACUCAGAGAUGCAAGAGGUUGCCCUGUAAUCAUGUAUUUCACACUAGUUGCCUUCGCUCGUGGUUUCAAGAGCAGCACACUUGCCCGACCUGUCGGCUUGAUGUAUUGCGCAAUCCAAGGCCGGCACAGCAGCAGCAACAGCCACACCCACAGGCUCCACCUCUUAAUAAUAAUCAACGCCCACCAGUAUUUAUUCCACCGAUGUAUGGCUGGCCCCCACCUCCUCAGCAGCCACGCCCACAAGACGCCCCUCCAGCUCAAAAUAUUCAUCCGCCCCCUCAGGCUGUCCCCCCACAAGGCCCCCCUGGUGUAGCUCCUCCUACUGCUCCUCCCAUUUUCCCUCCUAAUGUCUUUAAUCCCAAUCCAAUGUUUGGUGUUCCUCCUCCUCCCCACGGGUUUCCCCUCCCUCCCCCUGGAGUGUUCUUUCCUCCUCCACCUCCUCUCAUUAAUCCAGUUGAUGAUGAUUUUCUCCAGUCGGUAUUGAGGAGUUUAACCGAUGAGCAGCUAAAGGAGUUGGAAGGAAUGGAGAGAUCCAAUGUUGAGGCACGGAUUGUAUUACUAAGGAACAUACAGCAGCUACUGGAUGCAGCUGUACUCCAAAUGAACACAUACACUAACGUCAUGACGUCAUUAAAUAUCCCUCCAGGUCCAGGAUAUCCUCAGGAUAUUCCCGUGUCACCUCAGGAUACUCAAAAGCCUCCCGUACCUGAAGGACGUCCUCUUGAGGAGACGUCUCCAGACGAAGGAAGAGGAGAAGAGAAUAAAGAAGAAGGAGGAAAAGAAGAAGAGGAGGAGGAGGAAGAGAGAGGAGAUGUUCUUGAUUCAGAAAUGCUUAGACAGAGAAGGCUACAGCGGUUCCAUUCUCUUCCUGUUACUAGUUCAGAGAAGAGGAAGGAAGAGGAGGAAGCACCAGCUGAGGACAAUUGAAUUACAAUGUACAUGUAUAUCAGAUAAUAGCACACAUUCUAAUCAGGUGUUGAUUAUUAAUAAAUAAUAACAAUUUUUCAAUAAUGAUUAAUAUUUCUUAUGCUUAAGAAGCAAUCUUAA